CUGAGUUGAUAUUGUCGAAUUAUAAACCUUUUAUCACCCACAUGCCUUCAUGUCCCCCUCGUUCCAGAGUUUUCCUGUUCUCCACCAGUUAGGAACGUUCUUUCCCAUCCUGGAUAACAAUGGGCAGGGAUUGUAGUCUCAAGACCUGGAUUCAAGUCCUACCAACAGUGACAAGUUGCUCCUCUAGGCCUCAGUUUCUUCCUCUGUAAAAGGAAGGGAUUGGACUGAGGUGCCUUCUAGCUCUAGAUCGAUGAGCCUAUGCUGUUAUGACCCUGGAUAAGUCCCGUUACCUUCUCGUGGCUCAGUUUCUUCUUCUGUAAACUCAAUGGCUUUGAAGGCCUCUUGAAGUUCUAGGUCUGAGGCCCCAAUGGCCCUCAUCGGAAUGCCCCCAAACAAGCGCCUGGCACGGACACCCCCAAGAAGAAGCGACUCAGGAUGGAAAGAGGUGGCCUAGGAGGGAUUCGAACCCAUGGCACCGCAGCAGCCUCGAGCUCCGGCGGUCAGUGCGCUGUCCCUGCUCCACGCGGGCGGGCGGCCUCCGCAGCGGUCCGGGCUCGGUCCCGCCCCCUCGCCAAGCCCCGCCCCUCUCUUCGGCGCUCCCUCCGGGCUCCCGGCCCCGCCCGGCCCGGGGGAAGGGCGCCAGCUCUGGGCCCUACCUCGGCCCAGCGGGGAGGGCGGGCAGGCAGGCGGGCAGGGACGGAGGGAAGGAGGGAGAGAGAGGGAGGUUCUUCGGGCUCGCGCUCCCCAUUCGCGUCGGCAGAUUCGCUGCAAACGGCCCGAGGCGCCCACCUCAGCCCCUCCCCCGUCUCUGCCGAGCGGCCCCCUCGCCGCCCCCCGCCCCACCCCCGCGGCGGCCCUAGGAGCGGGCGGCGGCGGCGGCGGCUCCAGCGGGCUCUGGCCUGGCCCCACGUGGGGCGGCCGGGGGUGUCUGAGGAGCCGUGUCGAAAGUGCUGCUCGGCGCGGCCGCGGCCUCGCGUUUACCCUGCGCUGCUGCCGCCGCCGCCGCUGCCGCCACCACCGCUGCCUCCGCCGCCGCCGCUGCCCCGAGCCGCCGCCGCCCCCGCCCCCGCCGCCGCAGCCCCCCUCCCCCCGCCGCCUCCUUCGCUCCCUCCUCCACUUCCCUCCCUCCCUCCUUUCUCUCCUCCCCCUCCUCCGCUUCCUCCCCCCCUCCCAGGAGCCUCUAUUGUUCCGCCGGCGGCGGCGCGGCCCGAGCCCAGCCCGGCCAGCUCGGCCCGCCCGGGAGGCAGCGAGCAGCCCGAGGACGAGCGGGGCUGGGGCCGCCGGGCGUCCAGCCGGGCUUGGCAAAGACUGCUGCGCGCCCCCGGCGGCCUGCCCCGUCUCGUCGCCUCCCCCGGCCCUGGGGCCCCGCCCGGACGCCGGCUAUGA